GGCUUGUGGAUUCGCUUCGGGUGUGAAGCAGAGAGAGAGAAUUUAGUUGUUUAGAAGAACCUAAAGAAAAAAAAGGCAUUAUGACAGCUGAGACUCAGACCCUGAACUUCGGCCCUGAGUGGCUUAGGGCAUUGUCUAGUGGAGGUUCUGUCAUUUCUCCACCCCUCUCCCCGGCGUUGCCAAAGUACAAACUUGCAGAUUUUCGGUACGGGCGGGAAGAGAUGUUAGCACUUUAUGUAAAGGACAACAAGGUUCCAUCAGACCUUCUGGACAAAGAGUUCCUUCCUAUUCUGAAUGAUGAGCCCCUACUACCACUGGCACUUGUUUCAUUCACUGAAGAAGAACAGAGAAACUUCUCAAUGUCUGUGAACAGUGCAGCCGUUUUACGUCUUACUAACCGAGGCAGUAGCGGUGGUGGAGGAACUGUAGUAGGGGUUCCACGAGGUCGGAGUUCCUCCAGGGGUCGAGGAAGAGGCAGAGGAGAAAGUGGUUUUUACCAAAGAAGUUUUGACGAGGUUGAGAGUGGGUUUGGUCGAGGAGCUCGCGAGAUGCACAGGUCACAGAGUUGGGAAGAAAGAGGAGACCGUCGGUUUGAGAAACCAGCACGUAAAGAACCAGAUGGUGUUCGUGGGUCUGCCUGGAGAGAGAUCCCAGAUCGACGAAGGCGGUUUGACUACGAUUUACGAGAAAGCAAGGAUGAGCGUGGGUACCGCAGGCCGAGAAGUGGUUCAGGCAUUGCAGAGGAUGAACGGGACAGUUUGCCAGAGUGGUGUCUAGAUGAUGCAGAAGAUGAAACAGGCACAUUUGACUCCUCAGGGGCAUUCCUGUCUUCCAAACCUUCCAAGAAGGUGCAGAAAGAACCCAUUCCUGAGGAGCAAGAGAUAGAUUUUCAUCCUUCUGUGGAUGGAGCUGAAGUCUCAGACUCGGAUGGUAGCCAAACAGAAGAGGCCAAAGAAACUGAUCCUGUUCAGUCUCAAAAUCAGGAUGAUGAUUUGAGUAGAAAUGAUCACACAGUGCAAGCUGCUCCUUCACCAGACCAUAAAACUUCUUCACCCGUGCGGCGGACAGAUAUGACUUUAGACACUGCUCACCAGAAGGCUGUAAGUCCUCAUCUGUCCUGCAAGAUGGAUGCAAAGUCACAGUCACCCUCAUCACCUCCUACCCCAUCAAAACACAAAGAAGAUGCUGCCUCGGCCAGUCAUCAAGGGACACGUGAAAAAGCUGGUCCAUGUUUACCUCAUCCUCAAUCUCCUGCCCUCAGCCAAAGGUCUCCUGCUAGACAACCAGACCCUCACAUAGUACCUGCCAUGUCCUCAGUCCCUGUUCCCCAGUUAGACACUCCCACAGUUCCUAUCCAUUCAUCCGUUUGUGCUGCUCCAGGCAUGGAACCUGUUCCCCCUGAACCUGAUGAAGAUGGAUUAGAACACUUGGAACAGCAGGCACAGCAAAUGGUGGCAUACCUGCAGGACGGGACGCUCGAUGAUGACCAUUUGCUUACAAAAGUGCUAGACCAGAGAGUGAAGGGGCCUUCACUAGACAACCAGCAGAAGUGGUACUACAAAGAUCCGCAAGGAGAGAUCCAGGGUCCGUUUAGUAAUCGAGAGAUGGCCGAGUGGUAUCAAGCUGGAUAUUUCCCAAUGACUCUGUUGCUGAGAAGAGUGUGUGAUGAAACUUUCCAGCCACUGGGUGAUAUUUUUAAAAAAUGGGGAAGAGUUCCCUUCUCCACACCUCCAACACCAAGACUUGGGGACCUGGACCCUGAGCGUUUAAGUCGUCAGCAAGAAAUCACAGCACUGUAUCAGAUGCGCCAUCUCCACUACCAGCAGUUACUUUUUCAGCAGCAGUAUGCAGUCUUGGCGCAGCAACAGAAAGUAGCUCUCUCUUCACAGCAGCAACAGCUGCCUCUUCCCUUGCAGCCCCUAAGUAUGAGGAUACCUGAGCAUACUGUGAUCCCACCAGUAGUAAGAGCAUUAUCAGUACCAGAAAGCACCUCCUUGUGGGAGCUUCCACCUGCUCCCACACAACCAGCAGUAUGGGAGGGUAGCAGCGUUUGGGACCUCCCAGUGGAGCCCACAACUCAGGGAACAACUCGAGAACAGCUAGCACAGAUGGACAAGGUGAAAGCUGCCAAGAUGGAGCAAGAAAGAAGGGAGGCUGAGCUUAGGGCAAAGCAGGAAGAGGAAGAACAACAUAGGCGGAAGGAAGCAGAAGAAGAGAGAAAAAGGAGGGAAGAGGAAGAGCUGGCCCGGCGGAAACAGGAGGAAGCACUGCGGAGGCAGAAAGAGCUUGCAUUACAGAAGCAAAUGGAAGAGGAGGAGAGGCAACGCAAGAAAGAACUACAGCUGCUAGAAGAAAGGAUGAGACAGGAGGAAGAAAGGAAAAGGCUUGAAGAGGAAAGGAGGCGGCAGGAAGAAGAGAGAAGGAAGCAGUUGGAGGAACGCAAAAGAGCUGAAGAAGAGAGGAGGAGAAGGGAAGAGGAAAAGAAAAGAGAAGAGGAUGAAAGACGACAACUGGAAGAGAUUCAGAGAAAACAGGAAGAGGCAGCUAGAUGGGCCCGUGAAGAAGAAGAGGCUGUAAGACUUCUAUUGGAAGAGGCACGAUUAAAGGCAGAGGAAGAAGAAAGAAAUAAGCGUGAGGAAGCACAAAGACAGAAGGAGCUGCAGAGACAGAGGCAGCAACAGCAAGAAGCACUUAGGCGUCUGCAGCUGCAACAGCAACAGCAGCAACUGGCACAAAUGAAGUUACCAUCAUCUUCCACAUGGGGGCAGCAGGUCACCCCUUCGGCUGCUUCUCAGUCAGCACUUUCACUGGCAGAAAUACAAAAACUAGAAGAGGAACGGGAACGGCAGAAACUACAAGAGCAGCGGCACCAGCAGCAGGAACUAAAAGCGUUGCAACAACAGCAGCAGCAGCAACAGCAAAAAAUACCUGGCUGGGGGACCAUGAGCAAACCUACUGGCACCACAAAAUCUCUCUUGGAGAUCCAACAAGAAGAAGCAGGACAGAUGCAGAAAAAUCAUCAACAGCCUGGGCGGAACCGACCCGCUAAUAUAUCUUUGCCUGUGGCACCUGUAGUAAAUAAUCACAUUAGCAGCCCUACUGUUGGCAAUUCUGGAAGCUCAGUAUGGGGAUCUUUAAAUAACAACUUAAGUCCUCAGUGGUCAUCUGACUCCAUGAGCAGCAUCUGGGGUAGCACAGAUGUUAAGGGUUCCAGUGUCGGUUUCUGGGAUGAUGCAGUGAAAGAAGUUGCUCCCCGAAAUGCUACCAGCAAGAAUAAGAACAAUGCCAGCAAAUCAGCAGGAUCCAACAGCCGACAAAGCAAGAAAGUAGAGCAGGAAGAGAAGUUGCUCAGACUGUUCCAAGGUGCAAACAAGUGCCAGGAUGAUUUCACCCAGUGGUGUGAAAAGACAAUGCAUGCAAUCAAUACGGCACACAGUCUGGAUGUGCCCACGUUUGUGUCAUUCUUGCGUGAAGUGGAGUCUCCAUACGAGGUGCAUGAUUAUGUCUGUGCCUAUCUUGGAGAUACCCCGGAAGCAAAGGAUUUCUCAAAACAGUUUAUCGAGCGCCGGACAAAGCAGAAAACCAGUCAGCACCGUCCUCAACAGGAUGUAGCCUGGGUCACAUGCCAGACAAGUCAAGCUAAUUCUCAACCGAUAACACUAGAGGCCGUACAAUGCGCAGGACGCAAGAAAAAGAAGCAGAAGAUGGUUCGAGCUGAUCCCAGUUUGCUAGGCUUUUCUGUGAAUGCUUCUUCGGAGAGGCUGAACAUGGGAGAGAUUGAAACUGCGGAGGAUUACUGAUCAUCGUGUAGGGGUUGGGGGAACCCCGCCCCUACUUUCGGCUUCUUUGGGAGGGAGAAAGCCAAAUUUUACUCCACCUAUCCCCCAACACACACACUCUUAAGGUCUUGCCAAUGUCAUGACAGAGCAAUCUCUUGCAGAUGCCAAGGCAUCUGGAGAGCUUCCUAUCCCCUCAUAUUGCCACAUUCUACCUGGGCAACUUGAUGGGGUUGUUACCUCAGCAGAUUAAAGAGUGCGUUAAGGGGAACUUACCCUCCUCCAUCACAGAACUACUGGGUCUCGUUUCAGAGACUUGUACGGUCUGUUAAUUUACCACCGUUAUUAGGUGGAGAGAGGAGGCUUUUUGGUGGGACUUUGAACCUUCCCUUCACUGCCUUGGGGGUUUAGCUCUUUGGAUUUAGUGACAGGGCAUGUGUAGAUUUCAGCUCUACCAAUGCACACAGUGAAUUGCUACUGGAGAACGUGUAGACAUAAAGCUGAUGGGAUAUGCAUCCCAUUUGUCACCCUCCUUACACUGUCCUGUCCACUUUCCAAUUCCCCCCCACACCUUUUUAUCAGCUUUAUGAUUCUUAAGAGACUUUGGAAAGUGUGGCAGGUGGGGGCAGCUGGAGACAACCACUCCUUUGGUUUGUACAGUUUGUUGCAACUAUGUAUAUAGUUUUGGUGCUGUUUGAUGGGUUAUAGCAGAUAUUGCUCCCCACUGCUUUGUAUAUCUAUUUAUACAUGAUACAGAAAAGGUGUGGGUGGGAGGAAGCACACUAACGUUUACACGACUCCCACACCACUUCAAAAGUUCUGCCCCAGUUUGCAGUGACUUGGGGGUAGCCCAGGCCUGACCUCAAUAAAUUGCUGGUUGUAUUGUA